CGCCACAACACACCCAUACCUUCUGGAACCAUCACCAGACUUGUCAUUUCGACUGGCCAUACCAUUGACAUGCACCUCAGCAUCAUAUUGUGGCAUUGCAAAGCUCGUGACGCCGGCGUUUGAGCGGCGGAGGGAAAGCAGGUCAGUCACCACUGCGCGACGUCGACACACCACGUACGUAUACCACUCUUUUGGGUAUAAACAUCAAUCCUGGCAGCGGAGCCCCGACCAACGCUGCCACGCCGACGACGAUACCACGCUUUCCAAUACCAAGUACGCCGCACCGAAACGCCUGCUCAAUCUCGAGACCGCGCCAAGAUGGGCCUCAUCAACCAGAUAGUCAAUGGCGACGGACACCAUAAGAAGCUGCAGAGGCGCUCAGGACCAUCUGCGUUCCAGCAAUCCCGCUUCUAUCAGAAGAUGAGGCGAGCAUGGUAUCGCUCCUUCGACCUACCUUUGCCGGAGAACGUCAAAGCCUAUAGGCCGGCGCCGAGACAAGACGGGAUGUAUCGCUAUCCGGCUUGGCAUUUCCAUUGCUUCGAGGGCAGCCGUGAGCUGGAAUAGACUUGCGCCCAGAUGUGAAGGCCGAGGAGCACCUCCGCACCUCGUUGCCGCAAAGAUCCAGUCCAAGGCACCAUAGUCGCCACCAGAGCGAUGUCCGUAGCUCGUCAAUGCAAUAAGCAUCGCCGCUCUCG